UGUGCGCAGCCGCUUGUUCCUACUUUUCGUUGUCCAUGGAUGGUUCCACCUUCCGGGUUUCAUUAUGUCCAAAUUCAAAACGAUAGUUUGGCCUCAAGUGAUUUUAUUCGGGGACUCUAUCACACAGUUUUCAUUUCAAGCCAAUGGCUGGGGUGCAGAAAUCUCCAACAAACUUGCAAGGAAAUGUGAUGUUGUAAACAGAGGAUUUUCGGGCUACAACUCCAGAUGGGGAAAGCUAAUUCUCCCUCGUCUCAUCAGCAAUCAAACCUCAGCAGCAGACAACAACAUAGCAGCCAUCACUGUCUUCUUUGGAGCCAAUGACUGUGCACUGGAAGAUAAAAACCCACAGCAGCAUAUCCCCCUGCAGGAAUAUUCAGAGAACCUGAAGGAGAUCUCCAGACUCCUGGCUGCAGCAGGAGUGUCAGCAGACAGAGUCAUCUUCAUCACCCCUCCUCCUCUUCAUGAGUCAAGCUGGGAGAAGGAAUGUAUUUUAAAAGGAAGUCCUCUCAAUCGCCUUAACUCUGUAGCGGGGCAGUACGCUCAGGCGUGCGUCCAGGCUGCUGGUCAGUGUGGUGCAGAUGUCCUGGAUCUCUGGACACUCAUGCAGAAAGAUGGACAGGACUACACAGUCUACCUGUCUGAUGGCCUGCACCUCUCAGAGAAGGGAAACCAGUUUGUGGCUCAGCACCUGUGGGGGCUGAUGGAGUCCCGGGUCACUGACCUGCCUUUCAUCUUACCGUACUGGGGAGACGUUGACCCCAAGAGCCCAGAAAGCAGCCUCCUUUGUGACCAGUGAGGAAGUAGAAGUUUGGGAGAACAUUUAAAGAUCCUGCAGGGAUGCUUUUCUUUCUGUUCACAUGUAGCACUGACUAUGGACUACAUUGCUGCCAUGAGCCCACAAAAAUAACUAAUGUGUAUUCCAGCAUGCCAAAUACAAGACCUUAUAUUCAUGUUUAGAGCACAAUAAAGCAUUUUUUAUUUCA